GCCCCGCCUCCAACCCCGCCGAGCGCCCCCAAUGGCUGGCGGCCGGCGUCGCCCUCCUGGCGGGAGAUUCCUGGGACGCCGGGCGCAGGGCAAGGCGACCAUGGAGCGGCUGCGAGAUGUGCGGGAGAGGCUGCAGGCGUGGGAGCGCGCGUUUCGGCGGCGGAGCGGGCGGUUGCCGGGCCAGGAGGACGUGGAAGCGGCGCCCGAGGAGACCCGCGCGCUCUACCGGGAGUACCGCACCCUGAAGGAGGCACUGGGUCAGGCCGGCGGCGUCGGGCCUCACGGCUCGGAGCAGUCGCUUCCCGUGGCGGCGGCCGAGGAGAUGCUGGAGCCCAGCUGCUGGGGGCCCCACCUGAAUCGGUCCGCCACCCAGAGCCCCCAUCCUACGACAAGGCUCAGUUCUCAGGGAUCUGUGCAGGACUACGGGAAGAGGCUUAAGGCCAAUCUGAAGGGCAGUCUGCAGGCUGGGCCAGCCCUGGGCCGAAUACCCCGGCUUAUAAGAAGAUCCUCCUCCAAGAUGACUUCCCCAGGGCCACCAGACACAGGAGCUGGCACCAUCUCUCCAGAAGAAGUCAGUGAGGUGCCCCCCCAGCCUCCCAGGCCCCAGCUGAGGCCAGGCCGGCACCAGCAGCUGAGGGCAUCCCUGAGCCUGCGGCUGGGCUCCCUAGACCCAGGCUGGCUGCAGCGGUGUCACAACGGGACCCCAGAUUUUCUGGGGGUUUCCAGGGCCUGCCAGCCUUGCCUGGGUGCAGAGGAGUCCCAGCUUCUUACUCCAGGUGUUGCAUCUGUCCUCGGUCCCAGCGCUGGCCUUGAGGUGCCUUUACAGGACCCAGAGACUCCAACUCUACCAGCAGCUGGUAUCAGUGCAGGGAACUCCCAGCCUGGUACCUGUCAAGGCAAGAAGCGGAGAUGGAGUGGGGAGCUGGAGGGAAGCCCUGCACAGACCCAGCAGGACAGCGGCCAAGCAGGACCCCUGCCUGCGGGAGCUGGGGCUGCAGUGCCUGCAGAAAACUGUCCAGAGCAGCCUGUGCAGGCACAGCCCCCCAGCAAGCCCCCAGCCCCCAGACCUGCUGUCCAGGAUAGAGGGAACUAUGUGCGGCUCAACAUGAAGCAGAAACGCUAUGUACGGGGCCCGGCCUCAAGGGGCAGGCUUCUUCGCAAACAGGUGAGAAGGUGGUGCCAGAUGCUCCCACCCACCUGCCUUGCUUCUUGCUUUGUGAGUCCCUUUUAUGUCCCCACUAGGUAUGGAAGCAGAAGUGGCAGAAGAAAGGAGAGUAUUUUGGGGGUGGUCAGCGCAGAGCCACAGCCCAGGAUUCUUGCUCCCAGUGUGGGCAGCUCAGGCACUGGGCACCCCAGUGCCCUCAGCCAGAAGGAGAGUGGCAAGGAUGAGGGUGGCACACAGACCCGGGCCACGUUCGAGGAAGUAUCCCAGAGAAUGGGCGCUGCCUGCCGCCAACUCUCUGGGGAAGAAGACACAGAGCCUGCGGGGCCUGAGCAGCUGGUGCCCACAGGGCAGUCUGUGCCCAAGGCUCCUUGUCUGCCCCCUGUGCCACCACUCUAUCCGCCAGGGCCUUUGGGGCAGGUGGUAGACACGCCAGCUGAGCUGUUUCAGGCCCUGGAGCAGCUGGGGCACCAAGCCUUCUACCCUUUGCAGGAGCAUGUGGUCAUGCGCAUCCUGUCUGGCAUGUCCACGCUGCUGGUGCUGCCCACAGGGGCUGGUAAGUCCCUGUGCUACCAGCUCCCUGCGCUGCUCUACUUCCGGCGAAGCCCCUGCCUCACGCUGGUCGUCUCUCCUCUCAUGUCUCUCAUGGACAGCCAGGUUUCCGGCCUGCCCCCAGGCCUGAAGGCGGUCUGCAUCCACUCGGGGAUGACCAAGAAGGAGCGGGACUCUGCCCUGCAGAAGGUUCGGUCAGCCCGGGUGCAAGUGCUGAUGCUGUCGCCAGAGGCGCUGGUUGGGGCGGGGGGCGCCGCCCUCCUUGCUCAGCUGCCACGGGUUGCCUUUGCCUGCAUCGAUGAGGCCCACUGCCUCUCCCAGUGGUCCCACAACUUCCGGCCCUGCUACCUGCGCGUCUGCCAGGUGUUGCGUGAAUGCGUGGGUAUCGGCUGCUUCCUGGGUCUCACAGCCACGGCCACGCGCAGCACCGCCCUUGACGUGGCCCGGCACCUGGGCGUGGCCGAAGAGUCUGUCCUCAGGGGGCCGGGCACCAUCCCUGCCCACCUGCACCUCUCUGUGUCUUCGGACAGGGACCCAGACCAGGCUCUGGUGACGCUGCUGCAGAGUGAUCGUUUCCGUGCCCUGGAGUCUGUCAUCGUCUACUGUAACAGGCGAGAGGACACGGAGCGGGUCGCUGCCCUGCUGCGUACCUGCCUGCGUGAGGCCCAGGCCCCAGGAUCCCGAGGCCGAGCCCCGGAGGCUGUGGCUGAAGCCUACCACGCCGGCAUGGGCGGCCGGGAGCGGCGGCGGGUACAGCGGGCCUUCAUGGAGGGCCGGCUGCGGGUGGUGGUGGCCACGGUGGCCUUCGGGAUGGGGCUGGACCGGCCAGAUGUGCGGGCCGUGCUGCACCUGGGGUUGCCCCCGAGCUUUGAGAGCUACGUGCAGGCUGUAGGCCGGGCUGGGCGUGACGGGCAGCCUGCACAGUGCCACGUCUUCCUCCGGCCCCAGGGUGAGGAUCUGUGGGAGCUGCGCAGACACGUUCACGCCAACGUCAUCGACUUCCUCGCCGUGAAGAGGCUGGUGCAGCGCGCGUUCCCUCCCUGUGCUUGCGCCCGGCAGCCCCCAGAGCAGCAGGGAGACGAGAGCCGGGAAAGGCACUCGGCCAGGGUCCUUGUGGCUACAUCUCCCCAGGAUGCUGACCGCCCCAGCCUCGAGCACACAAGCCGGUGCCCGGGCCACAAGCGGGCACUCCCGGUGCAGCCAAGCGUGCAAGCCCUGGACAUGCCCGAGGAGGCCAUCGAGACUCUGCUGUGCUACCUUGAGCUGCACCCACAGCGUUGGCUGAAGCUGCUGGCGCCCACCUAUGCCUGCUGCCACCUGCGCUGCCCCGGCGGCCCCACCCAGCUCCAGGCCCUGGCCCGCAGGUGUCCCCCCCUGGCUGUGUGGUUGGCCCGGCAGCGCCCCAAGAAGACAGGUGGGGGAAGCUGUUCUGUGGAGCUGGACGUGGUCGAGCUGGCAGACUCCAUGGGCUGGGAGCUGGCCCCCGUGCGGCGGGCUCUCCACCAGCUGCGGUGGGAUCCAGAGCCCGGGACAGGUGUGCCUCGGGGCACGGGGGUGCUGGUGGAGUUCAGGGAGCUGGCCUUCCACCUGCACAGCCCCGGGGACCUGACAGCCCAGGAGAGGGACCAGAUCUGUGACUUCCUGUACGGCCGCGUGCAGGCCCGUGAGCGAGAAGCCCUGGCUCGCCUGCACCGCACCUUCCGGGCUUUUCACAGCGUGGCCUUCCCCAGUUGCGGGCCGUGUCUGGAGCAGCCCGAUGAGGCUCGCAGCGGCAGGCUCAAGGCCCUGCUCAGCCACUACUUCGAGGAAGAGUUAGAAGCGCCGGGGGGCGUGGAGGCCGAGGAGGACCCUGAGCCAGGACAGGCCAGGCAUGCCACGUGUGCCCCCCGGCAGCUCCAGGACUGGGAGGACCAGAUCCGCCGGGACGUCCGCCACCUCCUGUCCUCGUGGCCAGAGCAGCGCUUCUCAGGCAGGGCUGUGGCCCGGAUCUUCCACGGCAUCGGAAGCCCCUGCUAUCCAGCCCAGGUGUACGGGCGGGACCAGCGCUUCUGGAGAAAGUACCUGCACCUGAGCUUCCAUGCCCUCAUGCACCUGGCCACAGAGGAGAUCCUGUUGUGGGGCUGCUGACCACCCUGCCGCGGAAGGACCCAGUUCCCCCACGUCACAGACAUGGGCCUGAGCAGGGGCUGCGUGGCCACAGCAUGGGGGGGUGUCAGGUGCAGCAGGUCCUCAAGGCAAAGAUAGGCGUAGAUAUCAGUGGCCAGGACAGCGACCAACCACUCUAGACAAAGGCCACCACCAGUAGCAUGGGGGCAAAGAGACCCCAAAGUGCAGAAUAAAAGAUGCUC